CUUACGUACACCUAGUGGCUGGAGAAGACCAAAGUGAGCUGUCGUGUGUGUGCUGCAGUGUUUUAUUUCUAGUCCCUAACUCGGUGACUUAAAAAGAUGUCGGUUGUUGGUGGCGCCUUCUGUCGGAAUGUUUUUGCUGUAAGAAAUUCUGGGAUGAUGGUGCUGGCACGCCAUGCUCAGACGGCCGCCGCCCCGGCACCUGAACCCAGGGUCAAGAAGUUCCAGAUUUACCGCUGGGACCCAGACACAGCUGGAGACAAACCGCGAAUGCAGACAUAUGAAAUUGAUCUCAACACUUGUGGUCCAAUGACUCUGGAUGCCCUCAUUAAGAUCAAGAAUGAGAUUGACCCCACACUCACAUUCAGACGCUCCUGUCGUGAAGGUAUCUGUGGCUCAUGUGCCAUGAACAUAAAUGGAGGCAACACACUGGCAUGCCUUAACAAAAUUGACACCAACACAAGCAAACCAACAAAAAUCUACCCGCUACCACACAUGUAUGUGGUCAAAGAUCUGGUGCCUGAUAUGAGCAACUUUUAUGCGCAGUACAAAUCCAUCGAGCCCUACCUGAAAAAGAAGGAUGGAACUCAAGAAGGGAAGGAGCAGUAUUUCCAGUCGGUGGAAGACAGGCAAAAACUGGACGGGCUGUAUGAGUGCAUCCUGUGUGCUUGCUGCAGCACCAGCUGUCCCAGCUACUGGUGGAACGGAGACAAAUACUUGGGACCUGCUGUCCUCAUGCAGGCCUACCGGUGGAUGAUUGACUCCCGUGAUGAGUUCACAGAGGAACGUCUGUCUAAACUUCAGGACCCCUUCUCUCUCUACCGCUGCCACACCAUCAUGAACUGCACCAAGACGUGUCCCAAGGGACUCAACCCGGGGAAAGCUAUCGCAGAGAUCAAGAAAAUGAUGGCAACUUACAAAGAGAAGCAAGCCGCAGCUUCAUAAACAUGUGAAAAUCCAGCUGGUUUAAAGACAUCCACUGAUAAAACCUUGAAUAGAAUGAAGACGAUCAGGCAAACCAUGAAACCCUUGCCUACAUCAGCAGCUUUCAUCGUUUUUAUUUAGUUUUGUGAUUGUGUUGAUGUGUGCCGAGCGGGAUUUGAUGAGGUGGAGCAAUACAGGACCUGAUGAAAGAAAGCUGUUUUAAAAGAAUGUUUAAAGACAAAUAUUAUGAGUGAUGCAACCGUUUAGAAACAAUAUUUGCUAUUGUUAAACAAAAAUACUAGUGUCUCUUUUGUUCACUCUGGCAAAAGCUCAUGGAGCGUAGAGACUGUAAAUAUUUAAAUAUGUGUGAAUUAAAUAUGUGCUGGGCUCAUUAUGGAAACUGAAUGUUUGGUUUAGAAAAGAAAAAAAUAGGCUUUUGAUUGGUUUGAGACCUACAUCGCAAUAAACAAUAUUGAAGAAUCUUUUGGGACAUUU